UUCCUAGAUAUGGUUCCUAGCAAGUUACUUCCCACUUCCUAGCCUCUAUGGCACAUCUUGGCGCCGGCGCUAUUUUCAAAUUAGCCUCUGUCAAUUUACGUGACAAAAAAAUUAGAUUUGAGAAAUCAGAGAAAGAUAAUUUAGUUAUUUUACUUUUAAAUAAUUAUUGAUGUCCUCAACUUUGUUAAUAUCCUAUAAAAUAUAAUUAUACACAAUGGCCUCGACCAAAAAGCACGCCCGAAGGAGAUCUCUACAAUACAGUGACCCAGGAAAAAUAAUGGAGUUGGUGAUGAAUUUAAACAAUGACAGUUCUGCCCAGUUACAAAUUAAAAUUAACGUUUAUUUGAAAGAGGAAUGCGAAGCGGAGACUGCGUUCUUAAUCGUGGUGCACGCGGAAGAGGCCUGGAUCGAAAGUAUUGGAUCCAUGGCUUUGGCUCGAAGACAAAGGAUAUGCCUGACACAAAAGCUCUUCGAUGUUCUGAGGUCAUCCGUGGAUCAGAAUGAUCUGUUAACGAACUUCGGAUCUGAUUUUCAAGAUAUCGUGAUACCUUAUGUUUCAAAGGAUGUCAAGAAAAGAGUAAACAUGUAUCCCAUGGCGGACAAGCCGUUUUCUGUGAUCGUGUGCGUGGUGGCGCCAAAGGUUCUUGAGGAAAAUGCCUUCCAUCUCAUAAAAGAGUGUUUUCUGUUUGCGUGGCCAGUGUUAAACAAAACCAUUCAACUAGAAUACGAAUGCACGCUAAAGCUAAAGUGUCAACAAUUGCUACGAGUUGCUCGGAGGCUGUUCACCCAGGUGGCGUCAUUGGAAACGUUACUCCAAAUAGCGAUGGAGCAAGCCAAGCUGUUGACCAAAGCGGAAUAUUGCUCUGUCAUGAUGGUAGACGUGGACCGUAUGGAACUUGUGAAGAACAACCGACACUCACAAACUGGUGAUUCUGAGCCAGAGAAUCGGUUCCCAAUGAACAUCGGCAUAGCAGGACAAGUGAUCAAGACCGGCACUGUGAUCAACUGCAAAAAUGCCAAGGACCAUCCCGCGUACGACGCCGUCAUCGACUCGCCCCCUGGCGUGGAUUGCAAGGCCAUCCUAUGUUUCCCAAUCCGUGAACAAACCGGCAUCAUAGGCGUGGGUCAGUUAAUCAACAAGGUCGGGGACCCGUACUUCGACGCCAUGGAUGAGGAGAUGGCUCUUGCGUUCAGCGUGUACUGUGGAGUGUGCAUUAUGCACUCCGUUGUUUACCAGAAGAUAAAGGAGGCGCAUAUCCGAAAUGCCCUGGCGAAUGAAUUGGUUAUGUAUCAUAUGCAGGUUGGUGACACGGAGGUGUCCCGCGCGCUGGAGUGCUCUGGCUUCCACGACCACCCUCACCUCACGAGCCUGCACUUCAACAUACGCGCCUUGCCGCUGCGUGAACUGCCCUGCUAUGCGCUCAAGAUGUUUGCUGACCUGGGCUUUGAUAAGAAAUUCAACAUAAAGCCACACAAACUAGUGCGUUUUAUUCUACACGUGAAAAAGGCCUACCGGGACGUGCCUUACCACAGUUGGCUGCACGCGUUCAGCGUAGCUCAAUGGGCUUAUGCUAAUAUCACCAAUUACAAACUGGUCUCAAAAGGAUAUUUUACAGACCUGCAAGCUUUGAUGUAUCUAAUAGCCGGUCUAGUUCAUGAUAUGGACCACCGUGGCACCACCAAUAGCUUUCAGAUACACGGACAAACGACGCUAGCGGCUCUGUACUCUAGCGAGGGCAGUGUGAUGGAGCGACACCACCUAGCGCAGGCGAUGUGUGUACUCAACACGGAGGGAUGCGACAUCCUGGAGGCCCUGCCCAGGAGAGAUUACGAUAGAGCCCUCAUGCUAUUGCGGGAUUACAUCCUUGCCACGGAUCUCGCUAAUUAUUUCAAGAAUUUAAAUGAAUUCAAAGUGAUUUCGUACGACUUCCAAAAAGGCAACCGCUUGCAUUUGGGUGCUUUGCAAAGUCUGCUGAUGAAUGCGGCCGAUCUCUGCGACCAGCUUAAAGACUGGGGCAAUGUCAAGAAGACUGCCGCAGCAGUUCUGACAGAGUUUUUCAAGCAAGGUGACGUGGAGAAGAGUCGUGGGGAACUGCCUAUCAGCAUCAUGGAUCGUGAGAAAUGCUUUAUUCCCGACCUUGAGAUCCAGUUCCUCAAUAUGACAUGCAUGCCGCUCUUUGACAUUUUAGGUCGUAUGCUGCCGAAAGCCCAAGCGUGUGUGAAGGUUAUAGAAAACCACAUCGAGAGAUGGGAAGCUGCUAGGCCCAUUUUUUCAGAGGUGCCGAUAGCGGCAGGUUUGUCCGUGCUACUGAGCCCAGAGUUGGACACUCUGAUAGAACAGCAGCUGAAGGAGAAAGAGAGACAGCGCCAGGAGGCGGCCGAAGGUAACGGCGAGGACUGUGAGAUGAAGUAGUCACUUUUGUUUAGUUUGUUUUGGUUUCAACGGCGCAAGUUACUUCUGUAUGAAAGUGAGUGUGUAGAAACGAACUAACUAAUUAUGGUACUUUGUUAUUAUAUUUUAAUAAAACACUUAUUUAUU